GGCGCCAUGGCGGAGGAGGAGGCGGUGGCCGCGGCCGAAGUGGCCGUUCGCAGCCAGAGGGUCUUUCUAAACCAUUUGGACUCCUACAGCGGCAGCAGCAUCGGGAAGUAUUUAUCUAACUGUGUUGUUGGAGCAUCACUUGAAGAGGUGGGAGAGGAAGAGGAAGAAGAAGAAGUUGAAAUUAUGUCAGCUAUAGAUGUUACUCUCAGUAAACCAAAGGAGGGAGCCUACCAAAUAGUGGGGACUCUUUCUAAGGCACAGAGUAUGAAACCAGAUUUUGCUCAGGAAACUUACACAAUCUCUACUCGAGAAGAACUUCUAGGUCACCUACUUGAGUGUGAUGUCAUUAUUUAUAACAUCACUGAAGAUGCAAAUCAAAUUGAAGAAGCUACUUGGGCCACUUCUGCACUACAUGGAGAGGUACUUCAUUUUGAGAAACCAAAGUUAUUUAUCCUAGUUUCAACAAUAAUGACAUGGGCGCGAAGCAAACCUCUUGACCCAGAUGAUUCAGAAAUUCCUUUUACUGAAGAAGAUUAUCGCAGAAGAAAACCUCACCCUAACUUUAUGAACCACAUAAAUGCUGAAAAAGUGAUUAUCAAACUUGGAAAAACAAACAAAAACAAAUUUUCAACCUAUGUUGUUGCUUCAGGACUUCAGUAUGGAGCGGAAGAAGGAAUAUUUCACUGCUUUUUUAAGACAGCUUGGCUCGGUGAGACUCCUGCAAUACCAGUUUUUGGUGAUGGAAACAAUUUUCUUCCAACCAUUCAUGUUGUUGAUUUAGCAGCGGUGUUACAAAACAUAGCUGACCAUAGGCCAAGGACUCACUACAUUGUGGCAGUGGAUGAAUCUAUACAUACUCUUCAGGCCAUAGUUAAGUGCAUUAGCAAAAAUGUUGGACCAGGAAAAAUCCAAAAGAUUCCAAGAGAAAACGCUUUCUUAAGCAAAGACUUAACGCAAACCCAUUUGGAUAUGUUACUUGUGAGCCUGCGGAUGGAAGCUGUAUUCUUGAAGGAGAACUUCAACAUUAAGUGGGUUGCUCAGACAGGACUAGUGGAGAAUAUUGGGCAAGUCCUCAAAGAAUACAAGCAAAGUCGGGGAUUACUGCCAGUCAAAAUUUGUGUUCUUGGUCCUCCUGCAGUUGGGAAAUCUACCAUUGCUGGAGAACUCUGCAAACACUACAGGCUACAUCAUAUUAAAAUAAACGAUGUAAUUUCUGAAGCAAUAGAAAAUCUGGAGAAAAUUAUUGCUCCUAAAGAAACAGUGGAAACUGAAGAGAUGGGCGAGGAGGGAGAAGAUGAAGAAGAAGAAGAAGAAGGGGACAGUAUAGAAGAGGCACAAGAACUCUUAGAUGGAGUCAAAGAAAACAUGGAGCAGAAUGGAGGUCGUCUAGAUGAUCAGUAUGUGAUUAAAUUCAUGAAAGAAAAGCUAAAGUCUAUGCCUUGCAAGAAUCAAGGAUAUAUUUUGGAUGGGUUUCCAAAGACCUAUGACCAGGCAAAAGAUCUAUUUAAUCUUGAAGAUGAGGCAGAAGAAGAAGAGACAAGAAGCAAAGUGCCUCGCUAUGAUAAAUUAAUCACUCCUGAAUAUGUUAUUUCGUUGAAUGCCUCAGAUGAAUUCCUAAAAAACCGAGUAAUGAAUCUUCCAGAGAGUGUUGUAGCUGGAACUCAUUAUACUCAGGACCGAUUCUUGAGAACUCUCAGUCUCUUCAGGGAGUUAAAUACUGAAGAUGAGACUGUUCUCAACUAUUUUGAUGAACUUGAAAUACAUCCACAGUUUAUUGAUGUAGCAAAGUUUGAGGAUCCUGAGAACAGAUUUAUUGUAAAAGAGAUCAUCAAAGAAACUGGAGAACCUCGAAAUUAUGGUUUGACAGAUGAAGAAAAGGAAGAACUAGAACGCAAAGCAGCCGAGGCACGCCUUGCCAAAGAAGCAGAAGAAAAUGCUGAACAGGAGCGUAAAGAAACUGAGGAAAGGGCUGAAAAGUUGGCAAACUGGGAAGAGUGGAAUAAACGUCUAGAGGAAGUGAAGAGGCAGGAACAGGAAUUACUUGAAGCCCAGUCCAUUCCUCUAAGGAACUACUUAAUGAAGAAUGUCAUGCCAACACUUCUGCAAGGGCUGAAUGAAUGUUGCAAGAUCAGGCCUGAUGAUCCAGUUGACUUCCUGGCAGAAUAUCUCUUCAAGAACAAUCCUGAAAUGGAAUGAAAGAUACUGACAGAUGUAAAACCCCAACACAUCAUCACACUAAUGAAAAGGCAGAACAUUUCUAAUGUGUUUUACAAAAACAUUGAUUACGUUGAAACUAUUUUCUUUAUAUUUCUUUGCAUAGUUUUCACUUUGAUUUCUGACAUAUUACUUUUAUAGCUCAUAGUACAGUAGAUAGCUUUGCACUCCACUAAAUACUCUGUUUAUGACCACAAUCUUAAUUUAUGCACGUAUCAGAAUAUUUGUGCAUAUACCUAUUUGAAAUUGUGGUCCAAAAGAAUCCACACCCUAUCAUCAUGGAAGGGCAGCACCGUUGGGAGUGUGUUCCUUGCCUCCCAUUCUCUAAUGCAGCUGACAUGAUUAGCACCACCAGCAAAUUAUUUUCUGGUUCUAUAGCACAAUGGACGAAAGCAACAAAGCUAUGGGAUUCUUUCCCCCAGUCUUUGAAAAGGGGCAGCUGCUGCUACUGAUAAAGGGAAGGAAACAGGAGCAUCAAGGACUAUCUUUCUACUACUCUCCAAGUGUAAAGCUUUUUCCUCUGUUAAGGCACUAGAAAAGCUUUCAGUCCAGGGGUUUUGAGCAUCGUACAUGAAGCAUAGUGAGCAAGGGAUAAUUCUGACCUGGGCUUCGCUCCCUCUGCCUGUUACACAAGAGCAGACAGAGUGGAGCACAAAGUGCUGCCAUUCUGUACCACAUGUAGAAGCAUACCAAUCCACUAAAGUGACUAGGUAAAUGACUGGUGACCCAAUCUGGAUCUGCCAUUAAUUUUUGGUGUUGUUUUGGUAUUAUCAAUAUUUGGUUUAAUAGUCAAAGGAUAUUCAAUAUUUCUGUACUAUUAAAGUUUAUUAAAUUGCUUUAAGAUUCCCAUAGUGGCAGUUCUUGAAGGAGAAGCUAAAGAGUUCCUGGGUUGGUCACAGUUAGCCAUCCAACUAUUGUUGAGAAACUUUCAUUUGGUUAUUUUGAUUUUGUAUUGACCUAAUGUGUAUUAUCAAAGAAAAGGCCAAAUAAACCAUCAGUCUUGAGCUGA